AGAACUUUCGAAAAAAAUAAAAUGCAACCCUCUUGAAGGACAUCUCGAAGAAAAGACAUUAUAAUGUUCUCAAUUUUUUUAAUUUAUCAUUUUUUGCAGAUUUAAAUAUAGAUAGAAUAAUUUAGUGUCGCAUCGAAAAAUUAUGUGACGAAAAUUAUUGGGAAAAUAUAAUCUCUCUUGUGCGUAUUUUGCUCCAAUUAUUCAAAUAAUAAUUUGAAUAAUCUUUUUUUUAAAUAUCAUUCCUUUAUUUAUUGCCAAUAUCAUUUUUCUUAUUUAGUUGGAGCUGACAUAUCCAAUCGUUGAUAAGUAAGAUAUCAAGCAUACCUCAUGAAAGCAUUGGCAACGCACACCCUCUGUUUAAGUUUGCGCACUCGACAUCUGGCAGCAGCAUGUGCCUGUGAGGUCGGCAGUGUGAACAGUAGUGUUCAGUAGUGUUAGAAACUUGAUUCGUAUGCUAUCUCGCACAUGUAUUUGUUGGUACUUCGGUAAGGUAAAAAAAAAAACGUGUUAAUAUAAAGCGAAAUUUCUUACGACGCCCACGGCCCGCGUUCUAAUUAAUUGUAUCGAGCCAGAAAUUCGUUGUUUUUCUCUAACAAAGCAUGUCCAAUCAUGCUGCAAACGCCAACAGAGGAUCCUAAAGUGUCGCACGACUUGCUGCGUGCUUGUCACAGUGGAGAACUACGCAAGGUGAGGACUGUGGUUGAAAAAUAUGGGAUUCGUGAUUGGAGCGACUUUCGCGCGGAGUCCGGAGAUACCGCGUUGCACGUGGCUGCACGGGAGGGAAAUAUGAAUCUUGUGAGAUAUUUGUGCGAACAAUUCGACAUGCCGUCAUUUAAGUUCAACGUCGCCAACAAAGAUAUGAAGAGGCCAUUGCAUGAAGCUGCACAAUUCGCACUUAAAAAAUUCGCACCUGAAAUUGUGCAGUAUUUAUUGGAUAAUGGUGCGUUAGUGGAUGCUUUAAAGCGCGGUGACUGGACACCUCUGAUGCUUGCAUGUACCAAAAGCGGUCCCACAGCACAUCAAACCAUCUCUGUCCUUUUGGCCGCUAAUGCUAACGCACAUUUACGGAAUAAAGACGGAUGGACGCCAUUUCUCAUCGCCUGCCGAACUGGUGAUGAAAAUGUGAUCAAUACAUUAUUAAAAUAUUUCCCACAAUGUAUCGAUGAUCGAAGCUACAAUGGUCGCAGUGCAUUGCACAUUGCUGCAUUUCACGGUCAUGAAAGAGUGAUUAACUUGCUCGUUGCAUCAAAUGCGGAUCUUCUAAAUGCACAAGAUUCUUCAGGUUCUUCACCACUUCAUGCAGCGAUGAAACAUGAAAAUCUGAAUGCGGCAAAGUGUAUUAUACAUUUAGGCGCCGACGUCAAUCUUGUAGACAAGAUCGGUCAAACUAUUCUGCAUGUUGCCACAUUAACUGGUAAUAUAAACGCUGUUGAUUACAUUUUGGAACACAAUCUGAUUGACGUGAAUUGCGAGGCUGCUUUUGGUAUCACACCGCUCAAGAUAGCUCAAAGAAAUAAUCACGUUGAUAUUAUUAAAAUUCUUACCAGAAAUGGCGCUAAAUAAUAAAAUGUGAUUAGUACUUAUUGUCAUUACACUUUUUCACAAUUUUUACGUUUGUAAAUUGUUACAUUUACACUUGUAAUCAAAAACAAACUCCACACGAAGAGUUUGAAAGCGUAAAUGAUAGAGGAGAAGGUGGUAUUAUGGCCAGUGCGGACAUGGUCAUUCAUAUUAUCUCCGUUAUUAACUGACGAAUUUUAGUAAUUAUUUAUGAUAUUUGUUUAGCCUACUGUUAUAUAAUGAUGCUAAUAUAAUAAAACACAAUAGUCAACAUUGGUUAUAAGGCAUUUUUACUUUUAAGGAUUUGAAUUUUAAAAAACUUCGAAAAUGUUUUAAGGUACAUUUUAACAUUUAAUUACACAUACUGCCAUUGCUUUUAAACUUAACCGCAUUAUCACCAAAAUGUAUGUACACUUGAGUACUUUCUUAUUAUUUAACUCUUUAUUCGGCUGUAUUUCGAGUUAUACAAAAUUAAACGAUGAUAUAGGAUGUUGUCAAUAUGGCCAUCUAAGUGUGCUAGUAAUAUGAUCACUUUCGAGAUCUCUAUAUCGGCAAAAUUCCUUGAUAAAUCGAUUAAAGGGUUAAUUUAAGGCUGUUAAUUUUUUUAAAUCCUUUAUAUGAACAAGGUUCUUUAGAUUUAAGGUUAUUUUUAUUUAACUUCCAUUAAAUGUAAAUAAAAAUCGCCUGUUUCGAUAUAACAAUUUAUUUUAUAUAAAUAUAUGUUUCUAACAAAAUACUGUGACUUUUUUAAACAAAACCAAUUUUUUUACAUUUAUUUUUGUAGUGGCCAUAUUACCCUCUCUAUUUCUCUUCGGAGAAUUUCUAUUUACUUUUCCAUUAUGCAGUAUCGUUACAUUCUUAUAAAUAAUAUAUAUAAUAUUUUAUAACUUUAAAUUGAAAAUCUAAUGAGCAACACUUUGAUGAAUAUAAUCCUAAAAUUUCAACUCAAAACAUUGAUUAUUAACAAAGUUAUUAAAUAAAAUAUAAAUGGGGGUGAUCAUAUUACUACCUUCUCUUCUAUACAAAAUAUUUGCAUCACUUUCAUAUAUUUUUUGUUCGUUUUUAAUAUUAAGUCUGUGAUUUUUGUUUAUACUUACUGUAAGUAUGAUUGAGGAUAAAAAAAGACUGAAGCAAGUGACGUGUUAUUCAGAGAUUGGUACACAUUUAUUUAUCCUUUGUUUUUCCUUGUAUCAGACAGUUUUAAAGAAGCAUACAAAAAUCAAGAAACGGAGGCUCUUAUUAGUUCGGAGAUACCUAGGCUUCACAUUCUUCUUCAUCCUCUACCUUUAUCCUUCCUCUGUUUCAUUAAACUUUCUUUUUUCUUAGCGUGCGCAGGCAGGCGACGUAGUACAGAAAACUCAUGCAUAUAUUGUUAAAUGUGCGCGUGCUUAAACCCUAGAACGCUAAUGUAAUUAAUAAUAAUUAUCAACACUUUCCGACAGAUGAUCUCGAACAGGCAAGAUAAAA